GACAAAGCCUUUGCUAAUAUUUUCCUAGCUAUGAGUUCUCUCAUAUUUGUUUUCCUUUUAGUACUUCUGGUUCCUUAUACUGUCAGAAGUGAAGAAACAAGUUUUGAUCAAAAUUACCAGGUGACAUGGGGUUACAAUCAUGCUACGUCCUUUAAAGAUGGGAAAGAAAUUCAACUCAUGAUGGAUGCCUCUUCAGGAGGAUCUGGUUUUGGAUCCAAGAUGCUCUACGGCUCUGGAUUCUUCCAUAUGAGGAUCAAAGUCCCCGGUAGAAAUUCUGCAGGAGUUGUCACAGCUUACUAUUUGACUUCACACCAACAAGGAAACCAAGACACCCACGACGAGGUUGACUUUGAAUUCUUGGGCAACAAGGAAGGAAAGCCAUACACAUUACAAACCAACGUAUUUGUGAAUGGAGUAGGAAAUAGAGAACAAAGACAUCACCUUUGGUUUGACCCUAUAAAACAGUUUCAUGACUAUGAAAUCCUUUGGAACCAACAUCAAAUUGUAUUCUACGUGGACAAAAUCCCCAUUAGGGUAUACAAAAACAAAAGCAAUAUUGGAGCGACCUACCCAUCAAAGCCUAUGCAAAUAGAAGCAAGUUUGUGGAGUGCGGAUUGGGCAACCGAUGGAGGCCAAACCAAAAUCGAUUGGAGUUAUGCACCAUUCAAUGCAAGCUUUCAAGGAUUUGAUGUUAGUGGUUGCCAAACCCAAAUCUUAAAUGAUCAACAAUGUGCUUCUGAUAGCUACUGGUGGAACAACAAAACGUUUUGGCAACUGGAUGAUGCCCAGCAAAAACAAUAUGAAGAUGCAAAGAAAUAUAUAACUUAUGAUUACUGUCAAGAUAGGAUGAGGUAUCCUACACCUCCCUUGGAAUGCUAGCUAGUUUUUUUUGAAAGGCUGCUAGCUAGUAUUCGAAUUAGAUUAGUCAAAUAAUUAAGCCUCAGUUAGGUUUGAUAGUUUUUCAUAGAAUCUUUCCGUUUUAGUCAGGUUUGGAUAUUGUGGUGGAGUCCUAGUUUUUUUAGGGUUAUAUCUUGUUUUGUCUAUUUAGUACUUUUUGUCUAUUUAAUUAGUACUUUUGAGUUGAAUUUUGGUCUUCUU